AUGAGUAGAAGUAAAGCAGCUGUGGUACGUUACUUGACUGGAGAGUGUUGUUCGCGUUCUACUUUCUAAAAAAUAGGAAAUCGAAUACCGUUCUCGAUCUAAAAACGGGGAACGCAAGAUAUGUUUUGAUAGCUCAGAACGUGGGGAUACCAUAUUUUGUGCUAUUAGUGUUAAAUUAGCAUGCUACCUGUAUAACAUGAUUCAAAAUCCAAUAAAGAUAUUUUUGAUUCGUUCAAAUUCCAUAUGAUCAUUUAGAUACAUGGUAAGACUAUCAAUAACUAUAUACUAAGACAAAUGUUAUCUUAAAUAGGCGCAAGACUGAUUAUAAUAUUAUAAUGGUUGCUUGAAUAGAUAAUUUUCAUGCCAGCAAAAUACAGGAGUAGUUUUAUUAGCAUUCAAUAAUUUCACAAAGCAUAAGUUACAAAAUAGUCACAUAACAGUUUCACAUAAAACAAAGUAUUUCAACAAAAUAGUUCACAAAAAAGAGUACGUUAACCCUUUACACUCUAGCACCAAUCCAGCAGAACUGGUAUUAAGUCGACCAUGGUAAUAAAUCAUAAAAGUGCUCAAUAUGAUACUGAUAGGGUUGAAUUUGAGCGAAGUCGUUUCCCUGCGGAGAUAUAAAAUAGGUGGAAAAUGAUCCAUUCGUCUUGAAUGACAUAUAAUUGGACUUCUUCUCAAUUUGUUUCUUUUCACGAUUUUUCUCAAUUGUGUACUUAUUUAUCUAAACAAAGAUAGAAUUUUUGUCAUAUUACGAGUUAUUCUCAAAAAAAGAACACUUUUCAAAACAAUACAUGACAAAUUUAAUUUCAUUAUAAUCAAAAGUUACAAUAAAAAAAUGAAUAUCAGUCUAACACAUGUAUAUUUAUUUUUUACAAUGAUAGUUUUGGGUGUGGGUGUGGAUGAGUUUGCUCUGUUUUUAUCCAUACUCACACACACACAACCACACCCACAACCACACCCACCCAUUAUUAUACAAGUACACACACUUUACUUUAAAAUUAAAAAUAACCUUUUUUUGUCUGAUUAUUAGUUAUAAUAAACGUUUUUAGCACGUAGAAACCGUUAAUAAUGAGAUUGUAUUGUAGAAAAAACUCACACCAAUAGAAAAAUAAGUUUUUGCUUCGUGAAUAAAAUUGUCAUCCGUACUCUUCUUCAAGGUUUUUUCUGCCAAAUGGGUUGCACAGGCACCCCGUGUACUCCCCCG